AAAAUCUCGUCACAGGUACAACCUGGUAGCCUGAACGAUGAGAAGCUGCAUCUCUGAAAGUCUUUAUCGAUUUAAUGUCCGUCAGUGAAGAUGUUUGGCCAACACCUACCAACAGUAUGACCUACCAGCGUUUUUGCUUGGUUUUAAUUGAAUUUACAUAGCUUUAGCACCAGCUAGAAGGGGCUAGUACAGAUUACGCUCCGUUGGCUCCGAUGUUUACACGUUAACCAGAGGUAACGUAAGCUAGCUCGGUGUUUACUGGCUGCACUGCGUGUUUACAGCCUGUUUUCUUAUAGCUAGCUGUAAGUCAACUACGUUUAUGUUCGUAUACAAUGCUAACUGGCUCCCUGCAUCACACGGCAUCGCGUGUCAUCCCCGUACUUUACAGUAACGUUAGCGUUAGCUUGACUCGAAACCAUAGCUUUACUAGCAUUACAGCGCAUCACAGGUUGACGGUCAAGAGAGACAAGACUUCGCGUUAUAGUGAAGCAAAUUGCUGCGAUACAUGGCUGCUGGGAAUGGCGUGAGUUAGCUCUUUAGCAUGGCAGCAUCUCAUGGCAGUUUAUAGAUGCCAGUGCAGAGGAGUGUACAGUGGUAGCAACAUCGUCUGUCUCCUGCCUCUGGAGGCCAACCUCAGAAGAAAACAGCGGUGUCAGUCAGUCGUUGGCAUUAAAACAGUGUCAGCCAAACAAAGGAUAAUGGAGUCGGCGAGGAGCGCUUUCCAUGCUCAGCUGGCCACUGUCAUGGACUCACUGCUUGCAGCCGCUGUGUGCGAGAUCGCCAAGAUCUUUGAGAGCAGCCUGUGUGAACAGCAGGCGGAGCUGGCGCAGAAAACGGAGGAGAUCUCCAUCCUCCGGUGCAAGCUGGAGAAAGUCGAGAGGAGGCAGAAGGCGAAGGGAGGAGGGAGCGAGGAAGGGGAGAUGUCAUCAGGAGACAGAGAGGGCAACUUGAGGCAACAGACCUUGACAGAAUCAGGACUGAAUGUGGGAAAGGAUGUGUCUUCUCAUUCAGACCCAGUGGAAGGAAAUAGCCAGAGCCUCAACAGGCUGAAAGAAGAGGUCACGGGUCAGGAUGGAGCUUCAGUAAAACAUGAGCGUGCUGGAUUGCGGUCUGCCCUGGGAUCUGUCACAGUCUUAGCCCCAGAGGGAAGUCUUGCUGCUGGAGACCAGAGGCAGAUCGAUGCCUUGCCUGCUACACAAGCAAAGAGCAAAUUAUCUCAUUGGAAUCAGAGCAGUCACAGUGCAGACCAGAGAUCCCUCCGGGAUCAAGCCUCUACCCCUUUUCUCUCCAUCUCCCAGAGUGGACGCUGCUCCCCGAGGCCCGACCCAAGUUUAGCUCAACCAGGGGAGUGGUUACCAGGGUUGGACGCUACUCGGGGUGGGGUGUCUGGUCUGGAGAACCUGCAGGCAGAUGGCACCAGCUGCUCUGGUCCAGCUUGCGGCAGCACUGGCACAGAUGCGCCCUGCUUCCGACCUAGUUUUGGCUCAGAUGAUACCAGCAAUGAGGAUGAUGAUAGCUCUUUCCCCUUCCUGGACCAGGAGCCCGAGAACCACAACGCCAAUCAGAACUCAGUCCAGGAUCAGGGUGUCAGGCAGAGGGGUGCUCGUCAGGAUCAACCCCAAGCCCCUACUGGUGAAUCACCAUGGAGACCCAGAGACGACAGGGUUGCGAGAAGUCCGAUCAAUCACAUGCGGCGGGUUGCAAAUUUUAACAGUAGAGACCCUCUCAGGCCACAGUCUAAUUCACAGUCACUCACUCUGCGACACACAAACACUCUCAGCCACCCUCCAGCUCCGGGUGGAGGAAAUGGACGACCUUACACUUGUCCAUACUGCACAAAGUGUUUUACGUACCCAUCCCACCAGCGCAGACACCUUUUACGCCACACAGGGGUCAGACUGCAUCCCUGUCAGUUUUGUGACAAGAGCUUCCUCACUCCCUCUGAGCUCACUGUUCACACUCGCACACAUACAGGAGAGCGGCCUUUCGGCUGCGCUCAGUGUGGGAAACGUUUUGCCCGUAGCGGGAACCUGAGAGCUCACCAGCGGGACGUUCACAUGGGAAAGAGACCGUUUGCCUGCACGGAGUGUGGAAAGAGAUUUGCGCACAGGGGUAACCUGAGGGUGCACAACCACAGAGUUCACCAGGGAGAUCCUUACUACAUGGAUGAUCAGCAGGAGCCUGACAUAGGCCCCAAUCCCAUUUGAAAACAUUUUGAAAAUUAUAUGCUUCUCCACUUUUAAUUUCGUUCCAGAAUUGCCUAUUGUGUCUCACCUAAGCUUAUUACUGAACACUUAAAAUAAUUUAAAUUUUUUUUUUGUUUGGUUUUGCUUUCAAAUUUCAUUCAAGGCAACUGUAAAAUAACUACGUCCAAAUUUAUCAUAUACACUACCAGUCAAAAGUUUGGACACAGUUUCUCAUUCAAUGGUUUUUAUUUAAUUAUUUUAUACAUUGUAGAUUAAUACUGAAGACAUCAAAACUAUUAAAGCGAACAUAUGGAAUUAUGUUGUAAUCAAAAAAGUGUUAAUAUUAAGUAUUAAUCUACAAAGUAGAAAAUAAUACAAAUGACUAAAAAGCAUUGAAUGAGAAGGUGUGUCUUAACUUUUGACUGUUAGUGUAUAUCAGGGGUUAAAUUAGGCCAGAGCCCACCGGAGCUGAGGUUGAGUUUACAGCAUUAAGUAAAUCUUCAAAUCAGCCUUCAGAUGUCUCCCAUUGAACAUAGAAUGACACCUUCUUUCCUUCAGUUUUUUUGAACGACACUAGCAUCACACAGCAGCGGGAUCCUGGGAGCUGCUACAUAUGCAGGUGACAGCAGCAGUAACUUCUGCUGUUGUGUCAUUGUGUCAUCUAAUGUAGCUUUAUUAAGCUAAAUGUGCUUCUAAACUCAAACAGCUGGACAAAUUCAGUUAUCAUUAAAUAAUUUUACAGUUAAAUCACUCGUAACAAAGCAGUUAUGCUCAGGAUGAAUCCAGAAUGUUUAAUUCUCCUCCGGAAAAUUAUUUCGUCUUGUGUAUCAAGGAAGACAUUUUUUUGCUGCUUGAAUGCAUAAUACUUGCAGGAGUGGUAGUACUGUGAGUAUUAAUUUAUCAUCCAUAAAUUAAGUACAUAAAAAAUAGAGCACCAGGCAUUCAGUCUCAGAAUGAAACACAAAUAUACUGAGCCUUCAAGUUACUGAAGAUACUACAGUGUAGUUGCCUAUAGACCUCUAUAUUUGGGGAGUUGCAUUAUCAUUUGGGACUUUAUGGAGCUUUGUGGGUGUGAACAUUUCUUUAAAAUCAUUUAAAAUGUUGCUGCCUUCACAUAGCCACAUAUACAUACCCAGUUGGUACUAAAAGUAAUCAAAUGCAGUACUUUUUGUUUUUUUUAAAUGAAAAGCUGUAUCAGUACCAUCAGUACUCUGGACAACCAACAUCUACUGAAAGCAAUGUGUAAUUUUCACUGAAACUCGCUUCUACUGAACAAAAGUCCCAAAUUUGCACUAUCUGUGGUUUACUGUCACACCAGCCUCACUCGACAAACGCUCCCUUGCCUCACAAAGCCCAAUUUAGCCCUUGUAUAUAAUAAAUAGCAACACAUGGUCAAAUUUAUUGGAGUUAUUUUUCCCCAUUCUGGUUCUGUUUCUAAAUUAUAGGCCACUCUAAAACAGAGCUUUGUAUUUCAUUUUACUGUAAAUGAUUGGUUACAUUUAACCAUGAAUAAGAAAUAUUGGCUGUUGUGAAAAAAUAAAUGUCUCUACAGGUUGACUGUGUCCUCCAGUGACGUUCCUCCCUGUAAGUGGUAAGUCACUGAACAGAUCUGAGCACCUUUUCAUUACUUGAAGUGACAGAACUACAAAACAAUGUUUUUGUAAAGCCAAUAAAGGAAGUGUGGUUGGUAUUAGAUUUAGACUUGUGGCAUGCAGAGGUAGGAUAGCGCGUCUCUUCAUUCAAAGUUGUGCUUAUGUACUGACCAUCUCCUCAGUUUUAUUUUGACGGUGUUGUAAAAUGAAAAUGUUGUUGAAGAAGAACUGUGCUUUUAUUUUCCAUCCUGUUUUUGCAAAGUGAAAUUAAACAAGAUAGUGACAUAAA